AUGAAGGGGAACAUGAAACGCACUUGCAAGUUGAAAAAGCAUGAUGAAAUACUUAUGCACUUUGAGCAGGCUGCGAAAUCUUAUUCAAUUACUGAAUUUGAUUGUCAUUUUCGCAAGAUCAAGAGGAAGGAACACAUUGCUCAAUAUCUUCAACAGGCAGGGUUACAUAAGUGGUCUAGAGCUCACAUGGAUGGACGCCGCUACAAUGUAAUGAUGACAAAUAUUGCGGAGUCAAUAAACUCGGUCCUUAGGUUUGCAAGAAUGCUUCCAGUAGUUCAUUUGAUAGGGGAAAUUAUUAAUCUUCUUGUGAAAUGGUUCACCAAACGUCGUGAGUUGGCUUUGAAAUGCACAACAACAUUAUGCCCUAAUUUUGGCGAGAAGAAGUUGAGGAAUAGGUUGGAUGAUGCUUCGAGGAUGAAUGUGGUUAAACUAAAUAAAGUACAGUAUAAUGUUGUGGAUGGUGAUCUGGACGGCCUCGUACAUAUGAUGAACAACAGUUGUAGUUGUAGGAAGUUUCAGCUUGAUCAACUACCUUGCAAGCAUGUCGUUGCAGUUUGCCGCUUCUUGAACCAAAAUGUAUACUCCAAGGCUUCUCAAUAUUACACUCGAAAUACUUGGUUGAAUGCUUAUUCGGAUAGCAUCUACCUGGUACAGCCUCAGGGAAUGUGGGUUAUUCUUGAAGAUGUCCGAAGUCGAGUUGUGUUACCUCCCAUGGCGAAGGUCAUGCUAGGCAGACGGAAAAAGCUGAGAAUUCCCUCACAACGAGAGGGCAGCAGAACAAGAAAGUGCUCAAGGUGCGGUUCCAUCGACCACAAUAAAAGCACCUAUCAAAGAACCCAUUUCUCUGGAGAACUCCAACACCCCAUUCUCAAAUUGCCUCCCAUUAUUAAUCCCAUCUGA